AUGUGUAGACUUUUACCUCCUCAAGAUCAAACGCCUCCUUCUCUGCCUCCGGCCAGGAAGCGUCGGGCUCCAUCUCCUCUACAGCAAAAUAAUGGAGUCAGAGAUGAGGUGGAGCCAAAGCAAAAAAGGGCCAGACUGUUUGGGCCAUUGGAUGAGGUCACGCCUCUUCAGGCCCAGACGUCCUCUCAGCAAAAUAAAGCAGACGCUGGGGAGGUGGACUCUUCUUCUGUUUCUCAUCAGCCAAUCCAGCAAGUGCCUCCUCCCGUCUCUCCUCCUCAGCGUCGCUGUCUUAAGCGUUCGGCUCCUUGUACUGCACAGGAAUUAUCUGAAGACAUGGUCUCUCCAUCCAAAAAAGCAAGACUUAACGGAUUGAUUUAAAAAUAUCAAGAAGAGGAGCUCCAAUCUCACCUCCUCAAACCCCACCCUCAUGUGGAGAAAAUAAAUAAAAUAUUUUUUUAUGAAACAGAGAAUAGUGCAGAAAACAAACAUUAUUUGUGACACAUUCAUUAUGUUUAUUUAUUGUGACAAACUUAAAUGUAAUGUAAAUGUAGGUUUUACCAAAAUUUCUUUCACCCACUAGAAAGCAAGCUUACUGUAAACCUAAUAAGACAAAGACCCAAGUUAGGUUGAAAUCACUGGGAGAGAAACUUCACUUAAGUGUCUCUGUUCUCCCUUAAUUCUUAUAGUAACACU